GCGGGGCGGGGCGGCCGAGCAGGUGGCGGUGCCGUUGCGGCCCCCCCCGUGCCCGGCCGGCUCCCCGCCCCCCGCGCACCCUGCCGCCGCUGCCGUUCCCAUUCCCGUUCCCGUUCCCAUUCCCAUCACGUCCGCCUCCCGGCCCCGCCGCGCUCGCUCCGCCGCGCCGCCGCUCCGCGAUGGCCAGCACCUUCGCUCGCGCCCUCUCCGCCCGCCGCUCCGCCGGCCUCCUGGCCAUGGUGGGCGCCGGCUCCCUCGCCGCCGGCUUCCUGCUCGCCCGGGACACGGUCAGCGCGGGCGACCGGCAGCGGCGGCGCUACCCGCCCAGCGCCGAGUACCCAGACCUGCGAAAGCACAACAACUGCAUGGCCAGCAACCUGACACCAGCCAUCUAUGCCAGGCUCUGUGACAAAGCAACCCCAAAUGGCUGGACCUUGGACCAGUGCAUCCAGACAGGUGUCGACAACCCUGGCCACCCCUUCAUCAAAACUGUGGGCAUGGUAGCUGGCGAUGAAGAAACCUAUGAGGUGUUUGCUGACCUGUUUGACCCUGUGAUUCAGGAGCGGCACAACGGAUACAAUCCCCGCACCAUGAAGCACAUCACAGACCUGGACGCCACCAAGAUAAAGUUUGGCCACUUUGAUGAGCGCUACGUGCUCUCGUCCCGGGUCCGGACUGGGCGCAGCAUCCGUGGGCUGAGCCUGCCACCAGCCUGCACCCGUGCUGAGCGGCGAGAGGUGGAGAAGGUGGCCGUGGAGGCACUGAACGGCCUCACUGGAGACCUGGCAGGCCGGUACUACCGCCUCAGUGAGAUGACGGAGAAGGAGCAACAGCAGCUCAUUGACGACCACUUCCUCUUUGACAAGCCGGUGUCCCCGCUCCUGACGGCAGCAGGAAUGGCCCGGGACUGGCCCGACGCCCGAGGGAUCUGGCACAACAAUGAGAAGACCUUCCUGAUCUGGAUCAAUGAGGAGGACCACACCCGCAUCAUCUCCAUGGAGAAGGGUGGCAACAUGAAGCGCGUCUUCGAGCGGUUCUGUCGGGGCCUGAAGGAGGUGGAGCGGCUAAUCCAGGAGCGAGGCUGGGAGUUCAUGUGGAAUGAGCGGCUGGGUUACAUCCUCACCUGCCCCUCCAACCUGGGCACUGGGCUGCGAGCAGGAGUCCACAUCAAGCUGCCGCUGCUCAGCAAGGACAGCCGCUUCCCUAAGAUCCUGGAGAACCUCCGGCUACAGAAGCGUGGGACGGGUGGUGUGGAUACUGCAGCUACUGGCAGCGUCUUUGACAUCUCCAACCUGGACCGGCUGGGGAAGUCAGAGGUGGAGCUGGUGCAGCUGGUGAUAGAUGGUGUGAAUUACCUGAUUGACUGUGAGCGGCGGCUGGAGAAGGGGCAGGACAUCCGUAUCCCCUCCCCGGUGCCACAGUUCCGGCACUGAGCUGGACCAAGGUAGCGCCAGCCCCACGGGACCCAGCUCCCCCCAUAGCUUACACGAUCUCUGUGCCCAGCAUGUCGCUGCGUCCUGUUACCUGCAACGCGCCAGGCCAGACCCCAUAAACAUGCGCUGCUGUA